GUUGGCGACCCUGCACAUAGCAGGGGGUUGAAACUGGAUGAUCAUUGUGGUCCUUCUCAACCCAGCCUGUUCUGUGAUUAAUUAUAUAUUCUUAAAAAGUAAAGAAAGAUUGAAAGUGAAAAGUCAUGGAUUGGUUUUGUUUUGUUUGAUGUUUUGGCAAACCCAUCAAAUGAGUUUCUUGUCCAACUCGCACAGAGAUGUGCUUAAUACAGGCACUGUGUCCAAUAGUGAAAACACUCAUGGUUAAAAUCAAGCACUUGUGUAAUGAUUUGUAAAUCAUCUCUUGGUUUGUAAACUCUGUGGAGUUUUGGCAUAUGUGAAUUCACUGCAAAUGCUGAAACUGUCUUCUUGAUGUCUCUCCCCAGUUCCGUCCGAUGGCUGCUGCAGGAAAGGCUGCUGCUUUCCAUCUGCCUCCUCUGCCAACGGUGGGGGAGAUCAUUAAGCUUUUUAGUCUUCGAGCACAGAAAGAACUUUCCCAGAAUUUUUUGCUGGAUUUGCGAUUGACAGACAAGAUAGUGAGACAAGCUGGCAAGCUGAAAAAUGCUUAUGUCUGUGAAGUGGGCCCUGGGCCAGGAGGAAUUACCAGGUCGAUUCUCAAUGCUGGUGUUCAACAACUCCUCUUGGUUGAAAAAGAUACUCGAUUUAUUCCAGGAUUGCAGAUGCUGUCUGAAGCAGCUCCAGGAAAAGUACGCAUUGUUCAUGGAGAUAUUCUGACAUAUAAGAUGGAGAGGGCUUUUCCAAAUCACUUAAAGAAGAACUGGGAGGAUGAGCCACCAAAUAUUCAUAUCAUUGGAAACCUACCCUUCAAUGUUUCAACUCCUCUAAUCAUCAAGUGGCUUGAAAAUGUUUCUAAAAGAGAUGGACCUUUUGUUUAUGGAAGGACACAGAUGACACUGACUUUUCAGAAGGAAGUUGCAGAGAGGCUUACUGCUAAUACAGGAGGCAAGCAACGUAGCAGACUGUCCAUCAUGUCUCAGCAUCUCUGCACUGUUGAGAACUGCUUUGUAAUACCAGGCCAAGCCUUUGUUCCAAAGCCAGAUGUGGAUGUGGCGGUAGUGCAUUUCACUCCAUUGGUGCAACCAAAGAUACAGCAGCCGUUUGAGCUAGUAGAAAAAGUGGUUCAAAGUGUUUUUCAAUUUAGAAGAAAAUACUGCUGCCGCGGAGUUGAGAUCUUGUUUCCUGAAAGAGAACGUUUGAAAAAAACAGAGCAGUUGAUGAUGGCAGCAGAUGUUGAUCCAACUCUGCGUCCUGUUCAGCUCACUAUGUCGCACUUCAGAAAUCUGUGCAAUACAUACAGGAAAAUGUGUGAUGAAGACCCGAACCUUUUUGCAUACAAUUAUAGAGAAGAGCUAAGGCAGAAGAAGAGGAAGCGUUCCCCUGAAAGUACAGACCAGCUAGAAAAGACUGUAGAGGAAAAUCAUCUGUAACUGCAGCGGACUGAACUGGGAUUUAACUUCUUGAUCUAGAGGUGCUGAUUUAUGUAUUCUUACAUCUGUUCAGGUACAGAAGAAAUAACUUUUGAAAAAGUGGUGAAGGGGGCUUUCCUAUUUUAUUUGUUCCGUUCAGCUGUAGACAAAAGUUUAGGACAGUCCACUUACAAUGCGCCUACUGGUUCUUCUCGUUUCCAAGGACAGAACACACACCCAGAACAAGGUUGCAGUACAUUGCCACUGAUGCUCAGGAUAUACAGCUUGCUGCUUUAGUAUUCCAGUUUUGUAAACGGGGCCAUAGAAAGUUACAUUUAAGUUACAUUUGUUCAUCCUUUCAAAGUGAUCAAGGGUCUGUAAACAGAGGUCUUCAAUCCUCACCGUAUUAAGGUAGGUUGUCACAAAAGCUAUCUGGAAGGAAGUGAUUCCUAUAUGGCAGCGUUUCAUCCCUGACAGAACAAACGUAUUGCUGACAUAGAGAAGAUGCUGGAGCUUACUAAACAGCACUAAAAACAAACAAAAAACCAACUACAACUACAACUUAUUGUUAUUGUAUAUUGAGCGCUUGUUUUAUCUCUAGUAGCUAAAGUUCCAGCCUAGUGAGAGGAGGUGGCAUUUUACCACAGCCACUUCCUCUUCAACACCAGUAUGAUCCAUUCUGCGCUACAGCAGGAUCCUGCUCAUAAACAUCCACCACAACUCACACCAGACUUACCAUUUUCUUUUUCAGUUUGUAGUUCUCUUUAUACACCAGUAUUACAGCCCUCUUAAAAACUAAAAAAGAAAAGAAGAAAGAAAGAAAAAAGACGACUCUUAAUUGCAGAUAAAAUAUUCAGUGAAAAUAUAAUCCUGAAGAAGCUGAAUAUUAAAAGUCAUGAGAUGAGAUAAGCAAAGUGAUUGGGAAGCAUCUACUCUGUAUUAAAGCAUUGAGUUUUUCAUCCCACAUUUGUUCAUGCAAUAGCAACAUUUAUUCUCAGAUUUUCUGAUGAACUUUUUAAGAUGAAGCCAUUGUGCACUUGCAUUAUGAAACUACUGGCAGCCUGGCUCCUGCAAGUCUUCACACAAACAUAUAAAGCUGAUGCAGUUUAGACGUAAGGACUCAGGUUUUCUUUUGGAUGGAUGCCUUCAAGUGGAGUGAAAUGCCAGUACAAAGAGAGAACCGUGGAAAAGGAUGAUAAGUCUUCCUGCAGGCCAGCUUUUGUUCAGUUGGAAACAAACAUUCAUCUCACUUCUACAUCCGAAGGAAUUCUCUGUCUUCCACAGCAUCUGACUGGAGUGGCUCACUAAUGGUAUCUAAUCUCUCAGCCUCCAGUGAGGCAGGGGCAUGUUAUCUCAAAUCAAUAAGGAGAGGUUAGAAAACCAGGGACAUUGAAGGUGCAUCUGGACUAUGGGAUAGCAGUCCUGGAUCCCAGACUGGAUGACUGCGGUAUAGCUCUGUCCUUACUCAUGCAUCCACAUUUCCUUCCAGUGGAAGAGAGAAGGGCAAUGAUAUGCAGUAGGCUGUCAUGCCUACAUGGAGCCAGGAUGCAGACAUAGUGAGCACAAUAUUUACUGUAGAGUUGGGCAUAAUUUCCUUCAGUUUCACAUAUUUAAUGCACUUUUCAAGCUGCAGUAGACUAAAGUGGGAAUAAAACCAGGUUUCCCAGGUGGCAGACGAGCAGUCUAAGCUACGUAUCAGGCCAGAGUCCCUUCAUUUAUUUAUACACACCCUGUUGGGAACUCCCAUUUACUGGGCUUGAGUGACUGGCAUGUGUGGAUCACUGAGAGCUCAUCCAAGUGAACAUGUGGAAGCAGUUCACACUUCUUCUGUUUAGAAGCACUCUCUCCCCUUAUCUGUCAUGCUUAGAGAAACUUGGAAACUUAGGAAAACUUGUCUCUCAUGAACUUGGAGUUGUUCUCUGGGUCCAAAGACAUUUUAAAUAGAUGUUUUUUAAAUAAAUAGACAAGUGCCUAAUAUGUUUCAGUGGAACCUUUUGAUUAGUAAGGUAAUAAAUGAUUACUAUUAUUAUUAUUAUUUACUGUUCAGUAAAACUCUUGGUUCCGUGCUCUGAUUUCCACUUACAUGUUUCAGAUUAAAAUAGUCUGAACGAGGACUGGCAGACAACACAUUUCGAUGCAACAAUUGUAAAACAGGUUUUCCUGUAUUCCCAGGAGUGAAAUAAAUCACCAUUUUCCUACCA